GAUGAACCAGGCAAAGAAAAGGACUGGGCUCCGGAAGUCGUGGUCUCUCUCGUGCUCCACUUGGCUUCCUCCCAUCCCAAUCUCAAAUCACUCAUCGCAAAAGGGGAAUCGAAGAUUACCGGAGCGCCUGCUCGUCCUCCAGUUCGCCCAUUCCGGCGCCAGUCGCCACCUCAACCGAAUCCCCAUUCUCCCAUUUUCCUCGAGGCUAGAUCUUGUUCCAGCGCAUUAGGUGCCCGCUCUGUUGUUUUCUCUAAUGGGAAGCAGUAAUCAAGAACCGGGGGUGAGCCUCCGGACGGAUGGCUGGCUGCAGAAGCCUAUCGAUAGCCUCAUGCAGAUCCCGGAUAAGAUUCAGAACUCUCUGAAGCUACAUUUUGGGCGUUUCUUGAAGACGGAUGGUGUUAGCGGCGGCGGUAUCAAGGCACAAAUGCCAUCAGAGAAGGUGGGGGUAGCAUGUACCGCUGCUGCUGCUUCAGAGGUUAGCUUGGACCGGCAGCUCCAGGCUUGGAGGGACAAUCCUAGUUGGACUGAUCAGCCUCCAGAAAUCAAGGUGACUGUGCCACAAGGCUCUCUUUGCAACCUCAAUCUAAGAUUUCAGGCAGGAUUACCACCGGAUGCAGUUUACAACAUUAUAAUUGACCCGGAGAACAAAAGAGUGUUCAAAAAUAUCAAGGAAGUGGUGUCAAGGAACGUGUUGCUUGAUGAAGGAUCGAGGCAGAUAGUUGAAGUGGAACAGGCAGCGAUAUGGAAAUUCCUUUGGUGGUCUGGCAUCUUGUCAGUCCAUGUUUUUGUUGACCAGGACAGAAGAAAUCACACUGUGAAGUUCAAACAAGGGCGAAGUGGUUUUAUGAAGAAGUUUGAGGGUUGCUGGAAAAUAGAGCCCCUGUUUGUUGACAAGGAAGCAUGCCUUCCUCUUGAUCCACACACGCUGGAAGAAUAUGAUUCUUGUACUGCCGGCAGAGGAAGAGUUGGAUCUGCCAUUACCUUGGAUCAGCUUAUCGAGCCAGCUCUGUUGCCCCCGCAGCCCAUCGCAUGGUAUGUGAGAGGGAUUACCACAAGGACAACCGAGAUGCUGGUAAAUGACCUAAUAGCGGAAACUGCUCGACUGCGAGGCCUGGCAAGCAAUGGGGAUGCCAACCUGCGUACUGAAGAAAAUUGUGAUGUUAAUGGAGGCGUUCUAACAGAAGAGUGUAAUGAUGUGAAGGAAAGAUGGCGGCAGAGAAGAAAAGCUGGACGACAUGUAAGUUCCCUUAGAUUGACACGACAAUAAGGGCAGGAUAAACUAUUAAGCAUGACCGAUGUAUAACCAAGUUAGUGUAUAUGUUUGCAGUUUUGUUGUUGAUGGUGUAGCAUUCCUCGAAUUUUGGAUUACUGAUGAUGAUUAUGGGUGAACAUGUCUGAGAUAGAUGUUGAACGGUGUAUAAUUGUGUUGAUGUUGUUACAAAUGAAAUUCUACUUCUACCA